CGCGCCCCCUGCCCCCCCCCCGCCUCUCUCGGCAGUGCCGGCUCGGGGGAGAAGGUCCCCGCCAAGGCCCAGGCUGCUGCCGACGCUGCCAUGCGAGCCCGGAAGAGGAAAGCCGACGUGGGCACGUUCUUGCAGGAUCCCGAUGAUGAAAUGGCCAAAGUGGAAACGGGCAAGAAAAAGCAGUGCGGCAACCAGUCCUCUUGGAAUAAUGAUGUCCACAAAAAUCCCCAUACACUCAUCCCAACACCUGAUAAAGAUGAUGACUCUGUUAGCAUUGGUUAUUCUCAUUUUGUACCCCUGGGCCUCACUCCAGCCAGAGCUUCUCCGUUACCAGUUCUGGGGGUGUGUGUGUGAGAUGAAGUAUGGAAAAACAUGAUAAACAAAGAACAGACCUAUGUGAGGGAUAAACUUUACAUGCAAAAGCACCCGCUCCUGCAACCUAAAAUGAGAACAAUUCUUCUAGAUUGGCUAAUGGAGGUUUGUGAAGUCUACAAGCUUCACAGAGAAACCUUUUACUUGGCACAAGAUUUCUUUGAUCGAUUUAUGGCAACACAACAAAAUGUUGUAAAAACCCUCUUGCAGCUUAUUGGGAUUUCAUCUUUAUUCAUAGCUGCAAAGCUGGAGGAAAUCUAUCCACCAAAGUUGCACCAGUUUGCUUACGUUACAGAUGGGGCUUGUACAGAAGAUGAAAUUCUCAGUAUGGAACUGAUCAUUAUGAAGGCUCUUAAUUGGAACUUAGGUCCACUGACAAUUGUAUCAUGGCUAAAUAUUUACAUGCAAGUUGCAUAUCUAAAUGAGCUUUAUGAGGUGUUGCUGCCACACUAUCCCCAGCAAAUCUUUGUACAAAUAGCAGAGCUCUUGGAUCUCUGUGUGCUGGAUAUUGGUUGCUUGGAAUAUACAUAUGGAGUGCUUGCUGCUUCUGCUUUGUACCACUUCUCUUCCUCUGAACUGAUGCAAAAGGUUUCAGGUUAUGAAUGGUGUGACAUAGAAGAAUGUGUAAAAUGGAUGGUUCCAUUUGCUAUGGCUAUAAGGGAAGUGGGAAGCUCCAAACUCAAACACUUCAGAGGUAUAGCUCCUGAAGAUUUGCACAACAUACAGACGCACAUAAACAGCUUGGACUUGCUGGACAAAGCUCAAGCAAAACAGGCCACAUUGGCUGAGCAAAAUAGGACUUCUCCUUUACCCACUGGUGUCCUCACACCACCACAGAGUAGUAAGAAACAGUCUACCGGGCAGAAGCCAAUAUGACUAUGCAGACUUUUUAAAAUCAGAGACAAUUUUGCUGAAGUGCCUGUUUUGAUGGUUCUUACUCCUGCUCCAUUACAGAAAUGCUGCCAGUGAAGUUUAUAAGCUUUUAUGGAUUCUCAAAAGGAAACUUGCAUUUUUGUUUCAGAAGAGUUUUUAUGUGAAAUGGUUUUUAUUGAAUAUAGAUAUUUUUAAAUAAAUGGAUCAAGUAUACCAGCCACUUAAAAGAACACCGAAGAGUGCUCCAAAUGCUGCUAAGGAGGGUGAUACUUGAUGUGACCAACUGUUCAGAGAAAAGGCUUGAAAUUUGAGAACUGCAGCUGUGUCUGUCUGUCCUUGGAUAACCUGGGAUUAUUCCACCAAGUCUGGACAAAUAGGCAUCAGUAGUCUGUGGUUAUAGCUAGCUGUGGAAGACUAAAAUUUAGAGCCUCUUUUCAAACUGUUGGCUUACAAUUUCAUGCCUUUUUAAAAUCCCUUUAUGUAAAUGCUGCUAUGUCUGUGUAUCAAGUUUUAAAUAAAGAUGCUGUCCAAGACA